UUGUGGAUCGCAGAUGGAGCCACUACAAGAAAUUUGGCCUUUUAUAGCAUAGCGGGAUAGCACGGAUUUUCAAACUGCUAUGGUAGAUAAUUUUUUCGAUUUUGGGACAUAUUGAUAGCAUUAACUUAAUGCUGUCGGGAAAAAUUCACAAAGCGGGAAUAGAAAAGCACGCGUACCGCUUAUACUUAGUGAAAAUUUGAGAACCGGGAAAUACUAAAUCUAUUCCCUCUUUACUGUAACACUUAGGAUACAUAAGGAUAAAAAAAAUGAUUGUCGACAACUAAAUUUAAAAAAAAUGAGUAACUCUCUCUCUCUCUCAGUCGAGAAAACCCUACCCCUUUCUCCCACACCCAAAUCUCUCCGUCGACACCUUGAAGCUCGAUUCUGUGUUCUGUAACCUGUGAUACUCUCCAGCUCUCUCUCUCUCGAAAACCCUAACCCCUUUCUCCCACAACCGAAACUCUCCGUCGACACCUUGAAGCUCGAUUUCGUGUUCUGUAACCUGUGAUACUCUCCAGCUCUCUCUCUCUCUCUCUCUCUCGAAAACCCUAACCCCUCUCUCCCACAAUCGAAACUCUCCGCCGAGACCUUGAAGCUCGAUUUUGUCGUCUGUAACCUGUGGUACUCUCCAGCUCAAGUCGAUUCGAACCGAAGAGGUUUAUUUUCUUCGAUAUCUCAGUUUCCCAUGAUUCUCAUUUCUUUUAUUAUGAUAUGUUUGAUUCUGAUUUAAAUUGUUUAAUUCCCGUGGCUUUAGUACAUGUUUAUGGUUUGUUUUAGUCUCGGCUUAGUCAUUACAUGCUUCUGAUUUGUUUUAGUCUUUGCUUAGUCAUAACAUGACUCUCAUUUGUUUGACUCUCGUUGACUACUUUACUGAGUGUUGUUAAUUUUUUCCAGAAUUUAGCUUCAUUUGUUUGACUCUCGUUGGCUACUUUACUUUCGUUGGUUUCUAUUUCCUGUGACCAUUUUACUUGUUGGUUAUUUAGAAUUUGUGUAUUCUGUGACCAUUUUACUCGUUCUAAUGGUUUUAAAGAAGUAUAGAUCAAACAAUGUUGGAGAAGGCGUGGGUUCAUCUGUCAAGGUAAGAAAUCAACAUAUAUUGAUCCAUGUCAGUACUCAGUAGGGGAGUUGAGUGUUUAAUGAAUUGUUCUGUUUUGUUAUGUUAUAACUGCAGAGUUGAUCCUGCUUAUGAGAAGGGUGCAUGGGACUUUGUCCAAGCUGUGUCUGCGGAUGAUGGAGCUGAUAAGUUCAUUAUCUGCCCUUGCACAGACUGUCGGAAUGUAGAUCGGCAUUCAGCUGCAGAUAUAGUCGAUCAUCUGGUUAGAAGGGGAAUGGAUGAGGUGUACAAGCAGCGUAAGGACUGGUAUCAUCAUGGAGAAGUAUACUCUGUGGCUGAAGGCGAGAUGAAAGAGAAGCAGUGGAAUGAAGAGAUUGUUGGGUUGUACAGAGCUGUUGAGAAUUUAGAUGAAGAGUUAGCUACUGAACGUGACUUCUGUGAGAUGGCAGAGGGAGAAGACAUGAAAGAAGAUGAGUUCUUGGCAAAGAUUGCAGAUGCUGAAACCCCAUUAUAUCCAAGCUGCGCAAACCAUAGCAAGUUAUCAGCCAUCGUGUCAUUGUUUAGGCUGAAGACUAAGAAUGGCUGGUCUGACAAGAGCUUCGAUGAUCUACUUGAGACGUUGCCGGAGAUGUUACCAGAGGAUAACGUGUUGCAUACAUCACUGUACGAAGUUAAGAAGUUCUUGAAGUCUUUUGAUAUGGGUUAUGAGAAGAUUCAUGCGUGUGUUAAUGAUUGCUGCCUGUUCAGAAAGAAGUUGAAGAAGCUCGACAGUUGUCCUAAAUGUAAGGCCUCAAGAUGGAAGAUUAACCAGCACACUGGUGAGAUCAAGAAAGGUGUCCCACAGAAAGUAUUAAGAUACUUUCCAAUAAUCCCACGGCUAAAGAGGAUGUUUAGGUCUGAAGAAAUGGCCAGAAACCUAAGGUGGCAUUCUACUAACCAGAGCAGCGAUGGGAAACUAAGGCAUCCCGUAGAUUCUGUGACAUGGAAACAGAUGAAUGACAAGUAUCCCACAUUUGCCGCUGAGGAAAGGAAUAUACGGCUGGGACUCUCUACGGAUGGAUUUAAUCCUUUCAACAUGCAGAGCAGUAAGUACAGUUGUUGGCCUGUGCUGUUAGUUAACUACAAUUUGCCUCCUAACCUAUGUAUGAAGAAGGAGAAUAUCAUGCUAACACUGCUCAUUCCUGGUCCACAACAGCCUGGUAAUAGUAUUGAUGUCUACUUAGAGCCAUUAAUAGAGGAUUUAAAUCAGUUGUGGAGCAAAGGAGAGUCAACAUAUGAUGUUGUGAGUAACACUGCAUUUACAAUGAAGGCAAUGCUGCUCUGGACUAUUAGUGAUUUCCCAGCCUAUGGAAAUCUAGCUGGAUGCAAAGUGAAAGGAAAAAUGGGUUGUCCUGUGUGCGGGAAACACACUGAUAGUAUGUGGCUGAAGUUCUGUAGGAAGCAUGUGUAUAUGUCUCAUAGAAAGGGUCUCCCACCAACGCAUAGAUAUAGGUCGAAGAAGGCUUGGUUUGAUGGACACGCUGAACACGGGAGAAAGUCUAGGAUACUAUCUGGUCAUGACAUUUCCAAUAACCUGAAGCACUUUGUUAACAACUUUGGGAAUUUUAGAGAAGGUAGAACGAAGAGGAAAAGAACAGUGAGUGUUGAAGAAGACUGUGAUAUUGAGGACGUUUCCAGUGAAUCUGAGGCAGAGGAAGAAGAUGAAGUUGAUGAGGAGGAGUUGUCAAGAUGGAAAAAAAGAUCAAUCUUCUUUCAACUUCCUUAUUGGGAGGUAAGUCUUAUAUUGAACACACAAUAUUCCUUGUAUAUUAUUAUCUUUAAGACUCUCACAGUUUUGCUUCUUUUGUAUUGAUAUUUAGGAACUACCCGUGAGGCAUAAUUUGGACGUAAUGCACAUUGAGCGAAAUGUGGCAAAGAGCAUUGUCUCAACGUUACUUCACUGUGGGAAUUCGAAGGAUGGUCUCAAUACACGUAAGGAUCUGGAACAUCUUGGUAUUAGAAAGGAUCUGCACCCGAGGGCCAAAGGGAAAAGGACUUACCUACCAGCAGCACCUUGGUCUUUGUCGAAGAGUGAGAAGAAAGUAUUCUGCAAGCGACUUUCUGAUUUUAAAGGACCUGAUGGAUAUUGUUCAAACAUAUCUAGGGGUGUUUCAGUAGAAGAGUGUAAGGUAUCAGGUCUCAAAUCACAUGAUUAUCAUGUGCUGAUGCAACAGUUACUCCCGGUUGCAGUUAGAGGAUUAUUACCUAAAGGCCCGAGACUAGCAAUAUUACGGAUGUGUGCAUUCUUCAACCGGUUAUGCCAGCGAGUAAUAGAUGUAGAGCAGAUUUCAAAAAUGGAAGCAGAAGUUGUGGAAACUCUCUGUAUGUUUGAGAGAUUUUUUCCUCCAAGCUUCUUCGACAUAAUGGUUCAUUUGACAGUUCAUCUUGGAAGGGAAGCUAAACUAUGUGGUCCAGUCCAUUUUCGCUGGAUGUAUCCAUUUGAGAGGUAACUUAUACUAUAUUUAAAUUUUAAAAUCUCUAGACUGUGACUAAAACUUUUUUUACUCUAUGUAGACACAUGAAGAUCCUGAAAGACUAUGUUAGAAACACUGCGAGGCCAGAGGGUUGUAUUGCUGAGUCCUAUCUUGCAGAAGAGUGCAUGCAGUUCUGCAGUGCGUUUCUUAAAAAGACAACCAAUGUGGAGGAGAAAUUAGAUAGGAAUGCUGACUAUGAGAGCCAGACAAUCCUAGAGGGACGUCCAAUAUCGGCACCAAAAUCAAUUAACCUCUCUGAAAUGGAGAAGAAAACAGCCCACCUUGCUGUCCUACAGAACACAUCUGUUGUUGACCCUUAUGUUGAGUAAGUGACUGCAUUUUUUAACUUCGUAACCUAUAAGCUACGUAGGAACUGAAACAUUUGUUUUUUGUGUCACAAGCAUGCAUCUACAAUUUCUACAAGACACAAAUGCAAGAUGUAGACGUGAUGCAACAUAUUUGUGGAGUACACAUACCCUGAAUUUUGCUUCUUGGUUAAAAGAGCAGGCAAGUUUAUAACAGUUGUUGCGUUUCUAAAUUAAUUGUUCUUCUAUUCUGACAAUUGCUUAUACUUUUUGCUAGAUAAAAGUGGAUUCUGAAACACAUGGAGAGACUCUAAAAUGGUUGGCAUAUGGUCCAUGUAGUACUGCAAGGUCAUAUACAGGCUACAUAGUGAACGGACAACGCUUUCACACACACUCAGUUCAGAGGAUGAGCCAAAACAGUGGAGUAUUUUAUGAGGCUACUGCAAUGUGUAGAGCGAGUGCAAAAGACACUUCACAAGUCGUCGAUUUGGUAUCAUACUAUGGGAGAGUUACAGAGAUUAUCUUGUUGGACUAUAAUGUCUUUUACGUCCCUCUAUUCAGGUGUCAAUGGGCAGUACGAGGAAACGGAGUUAAGGUGGAAGAUGGGUACACACUUGUUAACUUGAAUCAGUCUCAAGUUUCCUUUAAUAGGGAUCCAUACAUAUUAGCUUCUCAGGCAAAACAAGUGUUUUACUCAAGGGAGGAUGAUACAUCCUGCUGGUAUGUUGUCCUAAGAGGUCCAUCAAGAAGAUACAAUGAAACAGAAGAAGAAGAUGUCAACAUAGAUAUUGGACCAUUGCCAUCAAUCAUUGAUAUGGAUGUUGAAAUAGAUGAAGCUCACAAUGCCCGAGUUGAUUGUGAAGGCAUAUAUGUGUGAUGCAUGUGAUAUGUGUCUUGUUUGAUGCUUGACUGUUUUGUGUUCUUUUGUGAGGUCUUCUGUGAUAUGUGUCUUGUUUGAUGCUUGACUCUUGUGUAUUCUUUUUUGUGAUGACUGAUGUAGUUUCAUAGUUCUUUUUGUAUCUUGUACUAACUAAUGUGUAAUUUGUUUCAGGUGAAUUAAAUGGGUCGUCCAAAGACUACAAGAAUGAAAAAGAAUGCGCAUACUAGUAAGGUCACCAACAAAGACACGAAGAUCACAAAGAGGGGCAGGAAGAAGAAGUCUGAUGUGGAAGUAGAAUUUAUUGGUACUAUAGAAUGUCAACCGCAGCAUGAUUCUGAAAAAGAUCAGGAGCCUGUCGCUGAGAAGGAGCAUGAAGAGCUUCGAGAAAAUGAAGAAACUGCAGCUGCUAACGAGCAGGAAGAGCCGGAAGAGGCUAACAGGGCUGUGGAGACUGACGUUAACGAGCAGGAAGAGCCGGAAGAGGCUAACAGGGCUGUGGAGACUGACGUUAACGAGCAGGAAGAAGAGCCUGAAGGAGAGGUGGAAUUGAGUGAAGUUCAGCCUAAGCAGAAGAAACACCGAGGUCCAACCAAGAUGAAGCACAUCGCCAGAGAUCCAAAUGCUAGAGAAAGAGUGGAGUUCAAUGAUUUUGGAGAUCCUGUUGGUGAAGGAUCAGUGAAGCUGUCUUCAUACCUAGGUCCACUAGUGCGGGAACAUGUACCUGUCACAUUUGAUGAUUGGAGGAAAAUCAGUGAGGAAGUUAAAACUGUUCUUUGGAAAUCUGUUCAGGUGACUUUCUCCUAUUACAUUUUCACAUUUGAUGGUUCUGUAUCGAUAUCUGUAAUUAAUUUGGUAUAUUUGUGAUUGUAGGCAAGGUUUAAGCUUGAUGAAGACUAUCAGAAGAAUGCUGUGUUGAAGCAAAUGGGAUGUUUAUGGAGGGCGUCAAAAUCAAGACUUGUCACGCAGAUCAGAGGCAAAUCUACUAACCAAGAGAGGAUGAAUCUGAGACCAAAGAAUGUUAAUCCAGUGGAGUGGCGAAAAUUUGUCAACUGCAAAACCAGUUCAGACUUUAAGGUAUUGAGUGAUAAAUACAAGGAGAGGAGGAGCAAACAAAUUCCUCACACUUGUAGCCGUAGAGGAAUGGUUAGGCUAGCGGAGGAUAUGGUACAUUUCUUCACCUUAUCUAUUUACUUUUUCUUCACUUACUACCUUUUUCACAUCUGAUGUCAUGUUUUCAUCAGAAACAAGAGAGUGGUGGAGUAUCGAAAGUGAGUAGGCUUAAAGUGUGGGUCAAGUCACGUACAAAAAAAGAUGGAACACCAGUCAAUAUGCUAGCUGCGGAGAAGUUUGUAAGUAGUUUUUUUUGGUGCUUCAAAGAUAUAACUAUAUGCUUAGUAACAUAUUUUCUGUUGACAGAAAAAGGCAGCUGAGAUUGUUGAUCACGGUGCUAAUUCUAAUUCAACAAACCUUAGUGUGGAUCCGCUUUCAGUACUAUUAGGACCUGACAAUCCUGGUCACUUGAGGGCGAUGGGAAGAAACAUUGGGAAGACGAAGUUAGCUUGUUUUCAAGUGAAGAAACAAUUUAUGGCUGAAAUGGAAGAGAAGCACCUUGUUUGAUGAACCAGGUUAACGAGUUGCAAUCUGAACUUGCUAGGAUGAAGAGACAGGUUAGUUAUACUAAGCAUGUUUAUAUUCUUGGAUGUUAGUUAUGAGCUGAUUACUUACAUGCAUUUAUGUUACAGCAAGAACCUGAGAUAGGUGAAAACUCAGCUACUGCAAGAGCAAGAGUAAGUAAUUUACAUCUUCACAAUAAUUGGUUAGUAAUUGUGAAGUAAGUAAUGCACUGACAUGUUUUAAAAUAUAUUUAUGUAGAGUGUUAACAAAAGCGCACACCCUAAGUGUGUGUUGGUUGAUUGGUCUGGUUCUGAUGAAAAAGUUGCUGAGGGUCGUGUUAUUUCAUCUGAACCGGAAGACUUUGUGAAUGACAUCCCCUUAGGUCCUCUUGCUGUUAAAGUAUUGGUUGAAACUGCAAUCAAGUCCGAUGCUUUUUUAUGGAGGCCUGCAACCGGUAUGUGUAUUGUUGAGCAAGCGGUUGGCGAGAUGGUUGCAUGGCCUGCCAAUAAUUGCAUUAUUUCAGACCAGUCGAUGUAUUCUGAAGAUAUUCCUCUUAGGGUAAGAUGUGUAAUCAAGAAGCAAGUUUUUACAGUUUACUUUGUUGUUCUUUGUCUGAGUUGUUGUGAUCAUUAACAUAUGCUUGUGUCUGCUAGAGCCCAACGGCGUAUUCUGUGAACAAAUGCAAACUCCUAUCACCUUGGACAACUACUGACGAAGUUGUUGCUUAAGGCCGUUGGCAGUGUCAAGAACCAAAAGCAUUGGUUAAUCGUCUCCCUCUCGGACCAAAUGCAGUGAAAGUAUUUGUAGAUGUGGUGCAUGAACCUGACACAUUUCUGUGGAGACCUAGACCAGAAAUGACAUACCUUCGGGACUCUGUUAAGCACUUUGUAGCAUGGCCUGCAAGUAAGUGUGUGUUUGAAAACACAACAAAUUCAACACGACCCACAUCUCCUAAAGCAUCGACUGCUACAAGCAAAUCUCCAGGGCACACAUUUUCUGCUUCGUCACCAGUUUCUAAGUCUCCAGUGCAACAACCUCCAAAAGCUACUCCGAAGAAAACUCAAGUUGCAUCUCCUCUUCGAAGAUCUCAGGUAAAGUUCAUAGUAGCUGUCCGUUUGUUGUUAUAUAUUUCAUUGACAUAAAAUGGUUUGUCUUGAAUACAUUGUAGCAUCAUUGUCAAAAGGAUGCUGCUCCAAAAGAGAACCAGAAGUGCAAGUUGAUGUCCAUUGGCGGGAACAAGCAGGUGGUUGCAGAAGGACGUUGGGCAUCAGACAACCCAGAACAGACUGUUCACUUUGUUCCCUUGGGACCAAAUGCAGUUAAAGUCUGGAUUGAUGUGGUGAAGGUAACUUUCGCAGAGGUUUGGCGUCCAUCUUCUGAGAUCGAGUGUUUGGGAGAUGCAAUUGGCUCAUGCAUUGCAUGGCCAAAGGAGAAGGUGAUCUUGUGUUAAGACGUCUAUCAUGUGUAAUGUACUAUUCUACUCACUCUACUUGGAUGUUAUUGUGUUCUAGUUUGGAUUGAGACUUGUUGUCUGGGUUAUGUUCUAGCUAACUUGUUGUUGUUCGGAUUAAGACUUUGUAUUUUGGAACUUCUGUCUGCAUCAAUGAAUGUGGCAGGUUAUGAGAUUUUCAAUCGAAUAGGAACAGGUUACCACAUAAAUAACAACAAAUACUAUGACACAAAAUUACUGCUACGAUAUCGAAAAUAUAGCAUUAACAAAAUUGCUAUCAUAUUGCAAACCACAAUGGUGAAUUGUGCCAUAAAAAUAUAUAUAAUAACUUGUAAACUUUGCUAUCGUAUAGAAUAUAUAGCAUCCUAUGUCCAUGCUAUUAUAAAUAUCACUCAGUAAUAGCAAUCCAUAAAAAAAGCUAUCAUAUUGUAAAACUACGAUAGCAUGUCAAACAAUGCUAUAAUAUAGGGGGGACCUAUUAUAACUCGGGCAGACAUAGCGGUUUCAAUAACGCUAACAAAGACAUUUAAUAGCUGUUUUCUUACGCUAAGAAAGGCCAUUUUUCUUGUAGUGAGCACUGAGAUUCAACGCAGAGAAAAAAGAGUUGGGGUUCGAACAAUUGAUUGAUCUUGCAAGUUUCAAAAACACAAACGAAGGGUACAUUGUGCAAGACACUUGUUCUUUUGGUGUCGAGAUCUUCAUCGUUAAACCAGCCAAGGUACAAGAGAAAGUCACGUUCGUAUCAAACCCUCCACGCAAUGUGUUUACUUGGAUGAUACCUCAUUUCUCUGACAUGGAAGAUAAGUUCUACUAUUCUGAUGAUUUUCUCGUCGGAGACCGAUACUGGAGAUUAGGGUUUAACCCGAAAAGUGGGAGUGCACUUCCAAUCUAUUUAUAUGCUCAAGGCUUUAGGCCAGACGCAGUCGCUACAAACACUUGGGGAGCGGUUAAUCUGCGGUUAAAGAAUCAACGAAGCACCAACCAUAGGGAGAGAUAUUCUGCAGCUUGGUACCCUAUUCGAAGUGAUAAUGGUGUGGGAGUGAACAGUAUCAUAUCGUUAGCAGAUUUACACGAUGCAUCAAAGGGGUAUUUGGUGAAUGAUGCUAUUAUCUUCGAAGCUGAAAUGGUUAAGGUCACUGUGACCAACAUCGUCUCCGUUUAAUGAUCUAUACUUCUUUUGUCGUUGAUCAAACAAACUUUAUGAAUAAGACGUGUGUGAUAUAAGUUUGUAAUAAGAUGAAGUUAUCAAUGCUUGUGAUGUAAUCUUCAUUUCCGUUCAUCGUGUAUUGUUUUCUACUUUGUUAUCAAUGAAAAAAAACUCUCUUGGUUUUUAA